AUGGAAGGCAAGGUCCCAGAAAUAAGGAGAGACUGGGUCACUAACCGGUGGGUGAUAUUCUCUCCGGCCAGAGCCAAGCGUCCUUCGGACUUCAAAUCCAAAUCCCCGGUCAUUACUGGGUUCGCGAUCGAGACCCCUCUUCACUCCGACCUUUCCCCACCUCAGAUCGCCCAGGUUCUUCUCGCCUAUACAACCAGAAUCCACCAGUUCAUCACUUACCCUUGCAUCAAAUACUCACAGGUGUUUAAAAACAAUGGGGCUUGAGCCGGGGCAUCAAUGACGCACUAUCACAGUCAGAUGAUGGCUCUCCCUAUUGUUCCUACUGCUGUUGCUGCUCGACUCGACUGUAUGAGAGAAGACUAUUUCAACCGUACUGGCAAGUGUAGUAUCUAUGAAUCAAAAUCAAAGGACCUUUUGAUCCAUGAAUCACCCCAUUUCGUUUCGAUUGUGCCUUAUGCUGCUACUUAUCCCUUUGAGAUGUGGAUCAUUCCUCUCACUCACUCUCCUCAUUUCCAUCAAGUUGAUGAGGAGAAGGCAGUUGACCAUGGGGGCAUCCUGAAACUCAUGCUUGAGAAAAUGGCUCUGCAGUUGAAUAAUCCACCAUUUAAUUUCAUGAUUCAGACUUCUCCUCUUCGGGACAGUGCUUCAGAGUUACCUCACUCCCAUUGGUUCUUGCAAAUAAUACCCCAGUUAAGUGUUGCAGCUGGUUUUGAAAUUGGAACUAGCUGUUACAUAAAUCCAAUCUUUCCAGAAGAUGCAGCAAAAGUUUUGAGGGAAUUAGUAAAUGUUUUACCUUCAGAAGAAGAUGAUCAAAUAACACAGUAG